AUGCUGUCUGGCCAGCAAACACACAAUUCUGGUCUGGACCGGCUCCAUGUUUCUGCUUUGGGCCCUCUCCAUAUCCGCAUUACCACUGAACCACAGCUGGCUAAUGAAAGUCAGGCCUUAACUGCCCGCAGAAUGCCUGCAAACAAACUAUGGGAGUGUCCUGAGAUGAGGCCGAGGACUGUGACUCUGGACAUGUAAGUGAUUCGGGGGAUCACAGAAUAAACAUCUAGAGCUGGAUGGACUAUGGCAACAUCAGGACUUGAUAUUGCUCAGAAACUCCAAAUAUUUUUCUUCAGAAUAUUAGCAAAUCCAAUUGCCAACCCACUGUAUUUUCAGAGAAAAUAAGACCAAGCAUUACAUAAGUAUUCACUGAUGUCUCAAUCUACACCUUCAGCAUGCCUCUAGCUACUGCAGAGCCUAUGGUAGCCUAUGGUAGAUUAUAUUGCCUUUGCAAAUGUGUAUGUGUGACUCGUAUAUACAGCACAUGUGUACAUAUGCACACUGAAACCAUUUCCUCUGUUUUGCCAGGUGGGGUGUUAGAGUUUGACAGGGCUUCCCCCCUUCUCUUUUCAGAAUCAGGGUGUCUUGUUCUUGCCGUUUCUUGAAGAUAGACGUACACUCCAAGGUAAACAUCUGAUCUGAGAGCUCACUCAGUCACAUGCAGCUGCCUCAAACAAUGAAGCCGUCCCAGGCCAUAUGUUGACUUUAAAGACGGGGAUGCAAGGGUGAACGUUUGCUUUAUGGCUAAUGAUAUUCAAGCCUCACAACUUCAAGCUGGCGUCCCUUCCUGCACUCCAAACACAAGAGCCACCUGGGUUCAUGGGUGGACAAAUAAAGUCUUGUGCUGAGGCGGGAACAUGUGCAGUGAUCAGGUCACAUUUAAUGUCCAGAGAGGCGAAAGGAAGGGUGUUUUUAUGCAGAAGAUUGGUGCCGGCUGUCACUCCCCGGUCCGUGGGGUGCAUGAAAACACUGAAGCAAAGUUUUUGUGAUACUACUUUUAUCGGCUUGCCUAAAUCAAUAUUAUUGUCACGUUUUAUUGUCAAAGUAGGACUUUGUACAGUUAACGAGACAAAAAAAAAGUUAACAUUAGGGGAAAUAAAACAUAUAAAUGCUCAACAUAUUUCAUCUAUUGGUUUGCGAAUUUUGCUUAGUCUUAAGUUACUGGAAACCAUCUUGUGAGCAAUCUUUAGUAGGGUUGUUUGAGGUACUUGUCAGUGUCUUUGAUUUAAUAUGCAUCCUGUCAGCGCCAAAUUUUACAGUCCGACAACAUACAUCCUGCUUCAAUAGAAGAGUGUUUGAAGUUAAGCACAGUACACCAAAGCUCAGGGAAGCUGGACUCAGGACUUCAGAAAAUCACAUGGGAACUUGACAAGAUCACACUGGGGUAGGAGACACAUGACCAUCAGAACAACAUACUAACAUCAUGGCAAAUAUUCAGUGCUAUUCAUUUGUAGUAUUAUAGAUAUCUGUACGUCUACUAUGGGUGAGAAUUCUUUAAUGUGUUGACUUUUGUCACUAUUUUCUACACUGUUGUGCUGUUGACUUUUAACGUUCUGAUAUCAGUGUGGUUUUGUUGCUGUUUUGUGGCUGUCAACAGUCCAUUCAUCAAUUUAUCAUUUCUGAUUUUAUGGUCCCAUUAAUACAAACUGAUUUUCAGAUGGGAGCCUGUACAUAGUGUUUUAUUUUGAGAGUGACUAGGUUCAAACAGAGUAUCCCCCGGGUGAGCUACGCAAUCCUUGGUGUCAAUCAUAGAAAACAUGAACCCCUAAUAACUUUUAAAAAUGGAGCUGUACAAAAAAAAAAGAGGACUUGUACACAAACCAGUCUUACAGUAACAACAUGUCAACAUCGCAAGCAGCGGGGGAAAAAAAUAUAUAUAUUCUAUGUAAUAAAUUUCUAAAGUUUGUCCACAGCCCCAUAAGCUUUGCUGGCGGAGGCGGGAUUUAUGACCUAUACUUCAGCCCGUCACCAGAGGGUGCUGUUCUCGGAGUGACUUCACCCAGCAAGGAUGCAGACGCUGUCCAUUCUAUAUACAGUCUAUGUUAUUGAUGCUGUCACAUUUACUUAAUUAUUAGUUUUUUUUGUGUCUCUUCAACAGCUGAUUGGUGGACUGUAGGUAGACACAUUUUCACAUGUGUUAAGGUUAGGAUUAAGGUUAGAAAUCCAGACUGAGAUUUCUGAUGGCCUGAUGAAAGACUGAUAAUUUCAAAAUGGAGUGUACACAAAAAACAAGAAAAAAGUUCUAAAAGUUUUCUUAUAGUUAGCAAACAAGAUAUACGGUUCAGUAAACAGUAGAGGUUUCAUCCUUCAGUGCAAGUAUUUACUAUCUUGUUGAAUUUGAAGACCAUAUUUUGCUCCCUCGUCUUUUGCAGCUCUGUCACUCCCAUGAAAGCACUGAAAUGAUUGACAAACUGGUGGCUGUCACACCCUAUCGAUCUGGAGUCCAACAAUCAUAACAUCAUUUCACACGCCCUGGAGAGAGAUCAGUCGAUAGCAUGGACAUGGAAACAUGUUGUAAAUGUGUUUGUUUGGGUUUUGACAUUGAGAAGUAAAGAUCUUUUUUCAUGAGACGGGGGAUUGGUGACUGGGACAUGAGGCCGUAUAUGAAAUGUAUACAUACCAUACAAAGCGAUGAAAUCCCCUUUCCCUUUGGGAUGCACUACUGACGCCUAUGUGCUUUAGGGGGAUUGGGGUCUAAUCUAGCUGGAUUCCUGAACGGUUCAAUUGGGACUUACUUCGGUCAUAGCCAUGCCUGAGCUUUAGCAGAUACAGUUAACCUUGAGUUAGUUUUCUAAGGUCACAAAUUCUUACUUUAAUGACCAAUAACCUUAGAAAACACAGGACAGUCUGUGUGUCAGUGCAUUGUGGUUUCUCAUUCAGACCACACAAAUGUACUUAUAAACGUACGCAUGACUCCCCCUCUCUCUUUCUCCCAACCACACAUACACUCAGACACACACAAACGUACACACACGUGUUUGAGUGGCACAUGUUCUGAGAUUGCUGUGGCAGAUAUCCUUCAUAUCCUGUUCAGUAAAGAGCAGAGCUUUGUUAGUCUUUCAGAUUCCUGGAUGAGGGGCUAAAUCCAUACUGUCACUGCUGUGGAAGGCUGAUGAUUUUUUUUUCAUUAAACAAAAUCAUCUCCAGGGUAGACAGAGUACCCCCCUCAAAGCCUCAUGGGACAUCAUCAACCCCUACAACUCGCAACACUCGGCUUCUGUCAGAUUACAAAUGCGUGGGCUGGAGAGGAAAAGAACUAUAAACACAGGAAGAUAUUCUUAAUUUGUUAGCAUAGAUAAUUAAAACCCUUUCCCUUGAUUUCUGUCUGGAUUUGCUUUUAAAACUUAGAAUUGGGCUUCACCGUAAACUAUCAUAUGACAUUAACAAAAAAGGAUCAUUGCAUGCUUCUACUACAGAGUGUAAGACUCGAUUCACUGAGUUAGCAAAUCUACAGAAAAGAUGUUGUCUUUGGGUUUUUGUUGACAUGGUAAAGGGAAAUUUAAAAAAUAUGUUUUCUACUUUUUCAAUGUUUUCCUUAACGCCUUUUAAACCAUUUUCUUGUACUUUGAAGAUAGCUAGCGCUUAUCAUAUGAGGACACCCCCUCCAAAAAUAACAACCAGUAGAUCCCUAAUCCUCAGUCAGUGACGUUUCUAAAACUGAGUGGAUUAUCAAUUCUGCUGUGGUAUCAUAGUGAGACAUUUAGUUGAAAAGCUAAAGGGAAUCCCAUUUCAGUGUGUUUUAUAGAUUGAAAAUAGGAAAAAUUAAGCAGCUUUUCAAACUUUAAGACCCACGUACAACUAUAAUUUGUUUUAUUUGCCCUAAAAGGUUUUGGGAGAUGAAAAACUAGUUCAAGUUGAGGAAAGUUCAAAACAUUUUAUUUUAGUUGUAGUCAAUGAAAAGUCAUUACAAUUUAAUCAUCACUCUUGGUCAAAGCAUUGUCUGUCUUCCUAACUAAUUAAAUCAAUCAGGUAUUAAAAUUGUAUUGUAUUCAAAUCUGAGGUGUUUCUCUCUCAACACUUUCACUUACGUUAGUUGGAUGAUCUAUCUACUUCAACCCCUCCACCACUGUGGUGCUACUGUGCAAAAAACAGCAAAUGUCGAACAUUAACAAAUUAAUGCCGCCCCAGUAGCUGGUUGUGUCUUUUUCAACACACAGCUGGAAAAGUUUAUCAAAAUGGGGAAAAAAAGCACAGAGGCAGAGGGGAUUAGUAACACGGCGCCCCUCAAAGUGAGUCAGCCUGUCAAAGGACUGCUCUGCCUGUAUUUUAGGUGAUGUAUUACAUAUACAAGCAGGGGAAAAUAUGAUGCAUUGUAAAUGUCCAAUAUUCACCGAAAUAAAUUUUUUCUCAUCUUGUUAAUGAAAAAAAGUGACAUUUGUGUGAGUUUUUAUUAUCACUUAUGUUUUAACAUGGAAUAAAGGGUCGUUCACAAACUGUUAUCAUCAGAAGUCCUGUUAACAAAAUUAAAACUGUGGCGAUGUGAAUCUUAACUGUACUGCCUGUCUGCAAAAUCAUUAAAGUUGCUACAAAGUCAAUGAUAGAUGGGAGAGACUACUCCAAAGUGUUGUUGUAGUUGCUAACUGUGCCUCCCACUAAUAGAUUCAAUGCCUAGAUUUAAACUGUCCCACAGGUUUUUGUCCAUCAAUCAAUUAAUCAAUCGGGAUAGAGGAACUGGUAGAAGAGCUAUUAAUAAGAAUAGGGGCGAGUUUCCAUUGCAUGAUCUACCGGUGUUGGUGGUGGAGAUGUCCAGGUCUGAGACCAAGCUUACCUUAUCUGUUCAUUGUAACCCAAACUCUGUCCCCAGGCGGAGAUUGCCUGGCUCUUGAUGUAGUAGUCUGUCAGGUCCAGAAAGUGCUGACACAAGGAAGAUAAACUGAUCCAGAUGCAGACUUGGAGACACGUUGAAGAAGACUUGAAAUAGGGAGACUAGAACUAGCAUGUGUAAGUCUAGGGAAAAGAAACUAUGCAUAUCUUAUGAGUAAUCAGAAAUUGUGAAUUUUCGAGGUAACACACCAUCUGAGUUUAGGUUUUCAAAUUGAAACAGACAGAAAAACUCAGAUACAAACUCUGAGAUGUCAGAGAAAACAAAAAGUUCUUAAUCUUAAAACUGUGAUUCACAGCACUGAACGUACAAACUGGGAAAGAGUUAUGACUUUCUGACAGCAGCACUGCUGCCGGUCCUCACCUUAUGUAAACUUCAUAUGUGAAUCCUCCACAGGUGCGCUCGCAGCAGGAGCCCACUGACAACAUAAAGUCUUCAGAGUGCCACGCCUUUACCAGAGCUAGCAUAGCCAAGAGAUAGAAGGAGAAAGACAGAGAUAAAGAGAGAAGUAAUUCAUAACAGGCACAGAGCAUCCAUACUGACAGACUCACUUACUCACAAAGGACUGUGUUAGAACUAUUACCUGAAUGCCUCGCUAUAUUCACCAGCGAGUUGUUAGCCUGCUUGUUGAGUGGAUUUCUGAGCUUUUUCUCAAAGUUGACCUUAAACCUAACCCUAACCCUUACCAUCUGUUUUUACUGUAUCAGUUGCAUCAUGUGUCCUUAAUGUCAUUAUACACUAUGAUAGGUUAUUGCUGAAUUAUGCUUAGAGUCUUGCCUCUCCCUCCGCAUGACUGGAUAGGUGGUAGCAAUGACCCUCAGCCGUGGGCACCCCCAUGUGAGGGUCCUGAUGCAUUGCACUGGAUGUACCUCCUAUGGUUACACCAUUGUGUACAAACAGAGAAGACACAAAAUGAACGAUAGAACAGCUAUGACCUUCAUAACCUGUGUCAAACUCACAAAUGAGUCCUCUACACUUAAAGGCGAACGAGUCGUGCAUUCCUGCCAGCAUCACACCCAAUCUGGAUUGGGUCCCCAUGCAGUCUGGAGAGGAAUUCCUGUCUUUAUUAAAAUGGGAAAUUUGUUUGGAUAGUACAGUGUCAUAUGGUGGAUUACUCUGCCAGACAAGAGUCUGUUUAAAGCUCCCUGGGCUUAUACUCCAGCUCUGUCUUUAAACCAACAUGCUCCAUGCUUUAACUGCCCUCUUCGUUGUUGAUUUAUUGACACUGAUCCACCUAUCAAGUAUGAUUACAUUCCAAACUGUAUUAUGGCAACAGUCCUUUUGCACUUGGGGAAAAAAAAAAAAAAAAAAAAACAGUACGCGACUUGGAGGCUCCCCUGAAAGUGAUGUUCAUGUACACAUACAUGCCUAGAAUUUUUCGAGUGCAUGGUGAAGAGCUCAUACAGUGGGGUAGAGAUUCUCACAAUGUACUUCUGUUAUUUGUUCCAUUCAUUAAAAUGGUGUAUCAACCAUUCAACAUUCACGGUCAUUAAAACAUUCUUCCUGAAUGGCAGCAGCUGGUCCACAGCAGAGCUGGGAACAGAGAUUGCUUCACUGAUAUGUUUCCUAUUUAACAUAUAUCUUUAUUAGCUUACUUUGUAUGGAGUGUGUUCUAUCCUGCAAACCAUAAUACACUCAUGCACCACAACCAAGCAGCAACUUUGUUGUUGAAAUUUGACGCCAAUGUAAAAUGCAAGCAAAUGUGUUUUAUGGUUGUAUGCAAAGUUGUGUACAAUUAGGGUUGUGGCUGAUUUCACUAUGAGGUGAGCGUCAUGCACCUGUCUGCCAGGCAGCAAAGCUUUGCCCUUAACUUCACCUCUGUGCUGGUUUGUAGAUGAGUAGGACUUUGUGGAGUUGGCAUUGGUGACUGCCAUGUUUGGGCUUCAUAACACCUUUUCAGAAGCAAAAAAGAGAUGUCACCAAGGUUAUUCACACUUUUCAUACAGUGUAUGUUCAUGACAGGCAGUUGUCCAGCUGUAGGUGCCUCCAACCUAAUGGGGGGCUCACACCAACCGCGAGUAAAAUCAUGUACUCGCUUAAUUCGCACAAAUCUAGAUGCAUGAAUGAAUAGUAUUUACUCGCUUCAUUCGCUGCUUCAGUGGUAAAUUCAACGGUUAUCCCUGCUAAUACAACCAGCAGGAUCAAGUAAUAGACAAAGGUCUUUCACACUUUACCAGGUAAUCCGACCUCCUCACUCACCUGCCUCCAGGUGAGCUCUUUUUUAUUCCGAUGUCAGUAAUUGAAAGAAAAGGUAUCAUAUAAUUCAGGGCCCCACACACGAUCAGUUUGUCAGUUUGUCCUCCAUUUUAGAUACCAGUGAACAACCGUCCGUUUUCAUACGCCACCCGGCAACCUUCAUGCUGAUUAGUUAUUAGGCGAAUAUCUGCUCAAGUUGAGACAUUCUCAGCCCCCUCCCAAUUUGUGUCACGCCGGCAGAGUAGUAGGAGCGUCUAAUCGUGUCUCUGCAUUAACUUAACAUGUAAUUCAUUCGUGCAAAUGAUUUUACGUGCGCUUGGUGUGUGGAGACAGUAAGAGUUUAGAGUCUAAUCUAACUGCAGGAUAGUGCUUAUGCAAAUAUCAUUUUAAAAUGAUAAUUCAGUUAGUGUUGCACAUUUUUGUAGAUGCUGUGCAUGUGUAGGCUUUUCAGGAAUGAAUUGAUGUACACCCUCUGGUCCAAAUGGGCCGUCUCAAUUAAGUGCUCUUAUACACUUGGGUGAGUUUUGCACAGACAUGCCAACAGGUUGUGGUUGAGGUUAAUAACAUGACGAAUAUAUUUCCAUUAAAGCAUUAAAGUCAGGAUGUGCUCCACGCUCUUUCACUUCUCCAACCUCCACAUGCAUUUGACCAGAACUUCAGGAAAAAAAAAGCAGUAAAAGGAACUUUUUGAAUGAUAGCUUUUACUUUAUUACAGGAAAACUCAAAUAUCCCAUUGCCUCAGCAGAGGAGAGGCCCCUAACACACACACACAUACACACAUUUACACACUCACUACCAUGUGAUUGUGACCUCCAGCUUUCAAAGCUCUCCAUGCGUCUCCUCUGUUCUGACCCUGUGCCAGAGGCUGUGAAAUGAGAUUAUUAUGUGUGAAAUGAGGAGCCCUCUCACUUCUUCUAGUGUUCCAGGCGGGACAAAUCAGGGUUAAAGACAGACGAUAGACACUGCUGAGAGAUAGCUGCAGGCUAACUCUGCACCGCAGGAGGGGGGUGGGGGCUGAACUUAAUUCUUCCACAUCAUUACAUAUAACUUUCUCUGUAUCCUGUGGCCUGUGGGAAAGGAGCUUAUCCUGCCAGAGAUAGAGAUGAUGGAGGCCUAACCAUCUCCUUCAGCUCGGGCUCCUUUCAUAAAUGAUCCCAGGUUGAACAAACAUUCAUCAGGGCGUGAAGCGUGGCCCCAACCUUCUAACCUGCAAAUCCUUUUGCUUGCAGCCUUCUGCAAAUGUCUGAUUGACUCUGCUGCAGCAGCAUUCCCUGCAUACCUGUGCUCUCAUCUGACAGGGGCACAUGUGCAGGUCACAGGGCCACAACAGGGGGCGGAUGUACGCACAUUACCUCAAAUCUCCAGUGACAUCCCCACUUGCCAGUUAUUGUUGAUUAAUCUUUCCCAGGCUGCCAGAGUACAGAGGAUAUGGGUCAAGCUGCUGAGUGAAGGGAGGGCGAUGGGGUGACGCAGGGUUGGAUUGGAGGGGCUGGUAUUUGAGUGAGAAGUUUCAACCCUGGUCAGCUGUGACCUCUGACAUCCUUAUGUGAACCUGAGGCAGGCUCAGCAGACGACGACCUCCUCUGACUGAGUAAUUAGCGUGAACGUGGGGAAUGAUACACACUCUUUGAAGUUUUAAUGAAAGGCGCCCCUCUUUUCUUUCUCUUUCAGUCAACUGGUUGUUUUAUGCGCUUUAGAUAAUGACAGAGGAAGAGAAUAAAUGACCAACCAUACACGAAAAGACUCCACAGGAUAAUUUACAUUACCCACUCCAACAACUCAGCUUUGAUUUCCUCGGUUUAAGUAAAGUCUUCAAAGUUUCUGCUCUGCUUUUUUAUUGAACACACAUUGCCUUUGCAUGAGGUUCUCCAUCUGUAAGUCUUUUGUUUGUCAUUUCUUCAAGGUCAAUUAGAUGAUACAAUCAAUGAUGCCCACUGUGGGUCUUCUGUGGAUUUCACUGUAAUGCUCUUUUGUUGAAAGUGUUUUCAUGUAACGAGUCCCUAAAGGGGAACAAUUAUUCUUCAGAUUCUCAUGGGUUACGAUACAACUGUGGGACCACCGAGUGAAACAUGUUUUGCUCAUUUUAUAUGAGCAUCAUACUUGUCCAUGGGUCUUUCCAAGAGCUCUAACUGUAUUUACCAUACUACAACCCUGACGGGUACAGGUCUAGUUCAAAAUAAGUGACAAUAAAUUAGGGUGACCAUACGUCUUCUUUUACCUGGACAUAUCCUCUUUUUUGGGGGGCUGUCCGGUCUUCUCUGGCUUUGUCUGGGGAAGUUUUUAAAAUCUUUCAAAUGUCCGGGGUUCUAUACGGAAGUUUCAAGUUUGUGUCACAUGGACUUACUGAGUUAGAAGCAUGUAAAAGACACUAAUCGAAAAACUUUCAAAAUUAACUUUGUGCGACUCCACCCCCCGCUUUGUCGUGUCUUUUUUGGGGGGAUUCAGAACAUGGUCACCCUACACAAAUUGAUCUCAAGGCCCUCCGAAAGCAUGUUAACUCUCUAAAUAAAGUUAAGACUUUUCUCUAACUGGACAUUUGAGAUCCAAAUGAUCAGGUAUGACCUUGUACAACCCCAAUUCCAAAAAACGUAAUGACUCUGUAAAUUGUAAAAAAUUGAAUCUGAUGGUUUGCAAACCAGUUUAGUGACUUGAAAACUUUAUAUAAGUGGGGAAAAAAAAGCUGAUUUUAAAUUCAAUGCCAGCAACAUUUCUAAAAAGUUGGGACAAGUUAGCAAAACAUUGAAAAAGAUCAUCCCCCUCAGUGUAAAGUUGCAAAGAAUUCUGUGAUUUCAUCGUCUUAAGCGCAUGAUGUUAGUAUGUAAAUUACUCAAUGAAUCUGAGAAAUCUCAAAUGUUGUAUCAGUGAAGUUUUUCACUUUCAAAACACACACGAAAAAGAUUUCCUUGGUUGCCAAACAUUUAUAGAGCGUAGUUAAAAGACGAGGUGAUGCAACACAAUGGUAAACAUGCUGAUAAAACAUUUAUUGGAGUAUUGAUCUAAGUCUUUAAAGGUUGGCAGAAAUAGUUUUGCAGUUAUCUUAGGUUUUCCAGCAGAUGUUAGAAAAUUAACAAAACAUUGUUACAUCAGCUUUCAAACCUGAUCAGAGAAAGUGCUGGUAAGAUUACUUCUUAAUGAGCUAAACCCUAAUCUUCAUCCUUUCUUCUCUCUUUUAACCCACCACUCAUCAACACCCCUUUAUCUUAAAAACAGGAACAAGCCCUCUUUUCAUCCAAUACUUCUGUUGCAGCAUCAAAACCCUUAACAAGACCUGCAUCUGCCGCCUGAGUUUCAAUCAAGGACUGAAAUGUAACAGGCAGUGAUUGUGGACUCACUGCAGGUGUGAACGUCCUCAUUAAACAUGUAGACUGGAAGGAAUCAGGAGAAGGAUAUCCUCUUCAAGACUUGUAAGUAGUCUAAAAAGACUGAUCUAUUUCUGUUUAUUAUGAAAGGACAUUGGCAGGAGAAAAUUCAUGAUGACUUCACAAUACAACAUCUUUGUCUUGAUUGGACGCUUCACACCUAGGCCGUACCUUACCGCCAGCUGCAUCAACCCCUUGUUUGGUAGAGGCAACCAGCAGCAACAUUAAAGAAUUUAGAGAUAAGCUUUGACCUAACAUGUGGUCAACAAUAACGUCAUUGUGCGUUAUUUUACCUGAAAUAACCCUCUCCAUAGUUUCACAUCUGUCAUGUUUAGAGCUGCAGUGAUAGAAUAUUUGACUAAUAUAGUGUUCAAUUAUUAUUGAUUAAUCAAGUAAUCUAAUAAGAAACCAUUGUCUUAUGAAAUGUGUUUUUGCUUUAACUGCUGUAGAAAUACAUUUUUCUUUGUUGUGGUUUUAAUAAAGGAUUAUCUUAUCCUACCUUAUCUUUUUACUAAGCCUCAAUAAAUAUACUUUAAGACUAUUGGACUAGCUAAUGCACAUUAACUUGUGAUUUAUUAUCAUACUUUAACGAUACACAGGAAUAUAAUCUGUCUAUGAUAGUUGUUGAAUAAAUAGUGAAGACAGAGGUCAAGAAUGAUCUUAUUUUCCCUCCAACUGAAGGACAUGAAAAAAAACAGAGUUGGAUGAAUAGAUAAAGACUUGUCACAAAGCUAAAACUGCUUUUUUUUCCCUCACAGCUCCUUGGAUUCAAUAACCCAACUACACUUCAGAGCCUGUCGCAUGGAGGUCAGCGCUGCUGCCCUGUCUCAAAUCCGAG